UACAAUGUCGCAUUCGAUACAGUGGUCAGUGCGGAUUCAGACGGAAUGCUCGAAUAUUGGGCCGGUCCGAGUCAGAACUUUGAAUUUCCUCGUGCUGUGAGCUGGCAGUUCAAAUCGGAUACCGAUUUGUACUGUUUGAUGGGUGCUCAAACGCACGCCCUAAACAUGACAUGCACAACGGAUGGAAAAACUCUAGCCAUACUGGCCGCAGACCGUAAGGUACGGUUGUUCCGUUUCGCUACCGCCAAAUUGAUUCGAGUCUAUGAUGAAAGCCUGCAGCUUUACUCCGGUCUUCAGCAGACCAAACAACUGCUUCCCAGUAUGGAAUUCGGUCGCCGUUUGGCACAAGAAAAAGAAUUGGACCGUUCGGAAUUUAAAUACAACUGUAACCUGGUGUUCGACAGUUCCGGAAACUUCCUGGUCUAUGCAACUUUGUUAGGCAUAAAAGUAGUGAACGUAAAAACAAAUCGUGUGGUGCGGAGUUUAGGCGGUCCGGAAAACCUUCGAUUUCUUCAGUUAGCCCUACUGCCUCCGCGAAGUGCUCUGGCCAUGGCGACCAGUUCCAUUGGCGCAGUCGGCGCGGGGACAUCCACAUGUACGCCCAGUCUGGAGAUGCUGGCUAUGGCCAAUGAGGAUACAUGGGCAAGCAAUCAUUCCGCCACGGGUGCACCCAUCUCAGCCGUGGCCGCACUGAAUCCAGUUCUGGUAUGUACCGCGUUCAAGAAAAAUCGAAUCUAUCUAUUCACAAACCGCGAACCACAUGAUAUCAAGGCUGAGUAA